AUGAUUCACCCCGUGAGAAGAGCCCUGGCCGUGGCUGCCAGCAGAGCCCCCCGUCAAUUCCUUGCCGCCUCGAGAACCACCUCCGUCCGCAGUGUCCGCGCCGCCGCCGCCGGUUCCUACUACAGCACCACCUCCCGCCGUCUCCAAGAUGCCUUCCCUUCGCAGCUCGAGAACCUGGCCUCUUCGACCCUCCCCAAGGUCGUCCCCCAGGUUCCCCAGACCUUGACCGAGAAGAUUGUCCAGAGCUACUCGGUCGGCCUUGCUCCCGGCAAGAAGGUCAAGUCGGGCGACUAUGUCACGCUCCAGCCUCACCACUGCAUGACACACGACAACUCGUGGCCCGUGGCCAUGAAGUUCAUGUCCAUCGGCGCCUCCAAGAUCCACGACAACCGCCAGGUCGUCAUGACGCUCGACCACGACGUGCAGAACAAGAGCGAGGCCAACCUCAAGAAGUACCGCCAGAUCGAGGAGUUUGCCAACACGCACGGCGUCGACUUCUACCCUGCCGGCCGGGGCAUCGGCCACCAGAUCAUGGUUGAGGAGGGCUACGCGUGGCCGGGCACCGUCACCGUCGCCUCCGACUCGCACAGCAACAUGUACGGCGGCGUCGGCUGCCUGGGCACGCCCAUGGUGCGCACCGACGCGGCCUCCAUCUGGGCCACGGGCAAGACAUGGUGGCAGAUCCCUCCCAUCGCCAAGGUGACCUUCACGGGCCUGCUCCCGCCCGGCGUGACGGGUAAGGACGUGAUCGUCGCUUUGUGCGGCCUCUUCAACAACGACGACGUGCUCAACCACGCCAUCGAGUUCACCGGCGCCGAAGAAACCAUGCGGUCCAUCACCGUCGACGACCGCCUGACCAUCGCCAACAUGACCACCGAAUGGGGCGCCCUGUCCGGUCUCUUCCCCAUCGACGCCGUCCUGGCCUCCUGGAUGCGCGCCAAGGCCACGGUGACCGCCAUGGAACACCCCGAGCUGGGCGACAAGGCCAAGUUCACCCACGCCAAGAUCGACGCGCUGCUCGAGAACCCGCUCGUCGCCGAUCCGGGAGCCACCUACGCCAAACAGCUCUACCUCAACCUCUCCACCCUCUCCCCCUUCGUCGCCGGCCCUAACUCCGUUAAGAUCGCCACGCCCCUUAAGGACCUUGAGGCCCAAAACCUCAAGCUUGACAAGGCCUACCUCGUCUCGUGCACCAACUCACGCGCCUCCGACAUCGCUGCCGCCGCCCGCGUGUUCAAGGACGCCGCCGCCGAUAACAACGGCGUCAUCCCCAAGGUCGCCCCUGGCGUGAAAUUCUACAUCGCCGCUGCCUCCAUCCUCGAACAAAAGCAAGCCGAAGACUCCGGCGACUGGCAAGUUCUCCUGGACGCUGGCGCCGAACCCCUGCCCUCGGGCUGCGGUCCCUGCAUCGGAUUGGGCACCGGCCUGCUUGAGCCGGGCGAGAUCGGCAUCUCCGCUUCCAACCGUAACUUCAAGGGCCGCAUGGGUUCUACCGACGCCAAGGCUUACCUCGCCUCACCCGAAGUCGUCGCCGCUUCUGCCCUGCAAGGCAAGAUUGCCGGACCGGGUUGGUACCAGAAGCCCGAGGGUGUGGAGAAGGUGAUCAUCGGCGAGGGCAACGGGGUCGUGGAGCAGGACAAGGCUAUGUCCAUUGAAGACGCUCUCGACAAGAUCAUUGCGGAGGCUGAAUCCCUCAUCGCCGCCGCCGAGACCGAGACCGAGACCUCCACCCCCUCUUCUUCUUCCCCCUCCUCCCCCGACUCGGAAGAGUCUUUGACCGAGAUCCUCCCCGGCUUCCCAGAAGCCAUUUCAGGCGAAAUCAUCUUCUGCGACGCCGACAACAUCAACACGGACGGCAUCUACCCCGGUAAAUACACCUACCAAGAUAACAUCACCCCCUCCAAAAUGGCCGAAGUCUGCAUGGAGAACUACGACCCCUCUUUUGGCUCCAUCGCCCGGGCCGGUGACAUCUUGGUAACAGGUUUCAACUUUGGCUGCGGCAGUUCCCGUGAGCAAGCGGCUACUGCCAUCCUCGCUAAACAAAUCCCGCUGGUGGUGAGCGGUAGUUUUGGAAAUAUCUUUAGCAGGAAUUCGAUCAAUAACGCGUUGAUGGGUGUUGAGGUGCCGAAGCUUGUUCAGCGGUUGAGGGAAGAAUUUGGUGGCGAGAACAAGGCGCUGACGAAGAGGACGGGGUGGAAGUUGACGUGGGAUGUGAGACGCAGCAAGGUGGUGGUGGAGGAGGCUUCGGGCAAGAAGUGGGAGCAGAAGGUGGGCGAGUUGCCGCCGAAUGUGCAGGAGAUUAUUGCUCGGGGCGGGUUGGAGAAGUGGGUUAAGAGUCAGAUUGAGGCUUGA